AUGAACAGUAUAAAGGGACUCUUUAACAAGCAAGAAGCAGAAGAUGAACAAGGCAUUCUUUCGGAAGGCAAUCUUUUCCUUUGGAUUCCUCAUACGGGUCUUAAGUUAUUCGCCAUUUUCUACACGUUUGGCAAUCUGUGUUCUUUAGCAAGCUCUUUCUUCCUAAUGGGCCCCGUGCAGCAGUGCAAACGAAUGUUUGCAGAAACCCGCAUAAUUGCAGCGUGUUUGGUUCUUUGGGGAAAACCGGUUUUGUGUUUACUGUUUUCAGUUUUCCAGUUUCUUGCACUCACAUGGUACUCUAUCUCCUACAUUCCCCUUGCUCGGUAA